AUGUCAACGGAAACGCGUAAUUAUCUGGAAGCAAUUAGGAAUCAAGACGAAGACGGCGAUGGAAACAACGAUAAAGACGAAUAUGAAGAGGAUCUGGAAUUAGAAAGCCAAGAAAAUGACAACGAUAAUGGCGACGAAGACAGAGGCAACAACAACGACAAAGCUGGAGUCCAAGAAAACGAAAAAGUCAGAGGCGAAGGAAACGACAAACACGAAGGUGGAACUAAAGGAAAAGAUGGUGAUAAAAAUAAGAGUAAAGUUGGCGGCGAUCAAAGCGGAAAGGACGUAGACAGAAGAAACAGCAAAAAUGGAGGCGAGAGCAGCAGCAAAGACGGCGGCGAAAACAGCAGCAGCGAUGGCGGCAGAAACAAUGACCACGACGGCGGCGAAAACAACAACAGCGAUGGCGGCAGAAACAACGAUCACGACGGCGACGAAAACAACAACAGCGACGGCGGCGAGGGAGAAGACAAAGAUGGAGAUCAUGCACGCAAUGACAGGAAUGAAACCGGCAGAAGCGGCGCAAAAGAAGGCGCCACUGAAGAACUGGAGGAGUUAACCGGUGAGCUAAUUUCAAUGUUUUCGGACAAAGUUUCGAGGUUAGAAGCAAGGCGUCAAUUCGAGAACCGGAAAUGGAGUUCCGGUGAAAGUUUUGGAAGUUACGUGGACGAUAAAGUGAUGCUUGGCCAGAGAAUCGACAUAGAUACAGAGGAGAUGAUAAGUCGUAUCAUUGAAGGAAUCCCUAAUCAAGGGCUUCAAAAUCAGGCACAUAUUCAGUGCUUUGAAAAUAUUGCACACAUCAAACGUGCAUUUGCGGAGGUGAAGUUGCCUAAAUAUAAUGGUGACAAAAAGGAUGCAACAGAGAACAAGAACGAGAAGGACAGCAAGGACACGCGUUGCUAUAAUUGCAAUGCUAAAGGACAUUGGGCGAAGGAGUGCAGGAAGCCAAGACGAGAGAAAGGAUCGUGCUAUGCGUGUGGCGAGAUGGGACAUUUUGUGGCGAAGUGCCUAAAGAACAAAGUUAAGAGCGAGGUCAAGAACAUUUAUGUAAGAUACAGGGAGCCCAAUUUCGUUUAUCAAAAUAUCUAA